UUCCACAAAAUAAUUAUAUAUACAAAAUUCGUGUGCGAAAAAGAGACAGCGAGGAGCGGAUACUGAAUAUACAUACAAUUAUAUAUGUAUCGAUCGGCAGCGAAGCGAUUGCUCCGACUAGCGGCGGGACACCAUACCCCCGGUAGCGAGAUUAUCGGAAGAAGUCGAGCCCUAGGUCCGGCAAUAUUUAAAUGGCCUUCUCCCGGCCUGUGCACUAGCGCUGAGCCACCUCGGGCGACUGAAAACCCUAACAUUCCAAUCGCUAAAAGUAAUGGUAGCAGAUCGCAACAGCCUAGGGCGCAGUACCAGGACGAACAAGCUCGCGUUCUCAACGCCUCUCUUCGUCACGUGCCCAGGUUGGGAUGGACAGAAGCUGCAAUGGUUGCAGGUGCAAGGGAUGUUGGCGUGUCUCCUUCUAUUGUUGGAGCUUUUCCUCGGAAAGAAGCUGCACUUGUUGAGCAUUUUAUGGACGAGUGUUUGCAAAAGCUUAUGGACAUAAUAGACUUGAAUGAAGAGUUAAACAACUUGAUACCUAGUGACCGCAUCGCAAAGCUUGUCAGAAAUCGCUUGGAGUUGCAGGCUCCAUAUAUAUCAAAAUGGCCUCAAGCCCUCAGCAUCCAGGCACAACCAGUUAAUGUCCCUAAUAGUUUUAAGCAACGGGCAAUGCUGGUUGAUGAGAUCUGGCAUGCUGCUGGUGAUGAAGCCAAUGAUAUUGACUGGUAUGUGAAACGUACCAUUCUUGGUGGGAUAUACUCAACAACUGAGAUAUACAUGCUGACUGAUAGCUCUCCAGAUUUCCGUGAUACAUGGGCCUUCUUGAAUGGAAGAGUUAGAGAUGCUUUUGAUUUCAAAAAGUCUGUCCAGGAGGCACAGUAUUUGGCUGAAGCAAUUGGUGCAGGUAUGGGAAAUUCUGUACAAGGUUUUAUGAACUCAGUCUUCAAGAAAUGAAAUGCAGGGAUGACUUGACUGAUGUCUCCACCAGUAGCCUUCCUCUUCCUCUUUUUUCGGAAAAUAAUUCUACCAUGGCCUUAAUUUUUAAAUACUUAUUAAGUACUGAACAUUGUUGUGCAAUGAGUUGAGAAUUACAGUAGAUGUUUCUUGUUACUCUAUUUGUUAGCAGCAUAAUUGAUGGCCCCACAAGUUUGGUCAGUGAUGUGUGUAAAUAUUUUAUGGUGAUAAGCUGUUAUAUUAAUAAACCUUGCAGAUA